CCACUGUACUGUUUUCGGUAGUUUGAGGGGGGUAAAUCGCGUGUCGUCUGUCUGGGAACAUAAGGCUAACCAGCGCUGCAGCUCAUCUGGAUCAGAACCUCACGACUAGAACCACCAGGUCUCCGGUAAAACGAUGGAGGACUUGGACCUUCCCCAGAUGAAGAGAGAGGUGGAGAGUCUUCAGUACCAGCUGGCCAUCAACAGAGAGAAAUCCUCCAUCACUGUUACUGAGCUGGUGAAAUGGAUCGAGGGGUGUGUGUGUGACGACCCAUUCCUGAACCCAGAGCUGAUGAGGGCCAACCCCUGGGUGGAGAAAGGCAAAUGUGUGAUCCUCUAACGGACACACACACACGGAUACACACACACACACACACACACGGAUACACACACACACACACACCGACACAGACACACAUUGAGAAACACACACGGAUACACACACCAAGUUGUCCCGUCCUAUUUAUUUGUCCAUGUCUAUGGUUUUAGUUGAAAGUCGCCCCCUUCCUGUGAGCAACAUGUCCUACAUUGAAAGUAGUCCCCUUCCUGUGAGCAACAUGUCCUACAUUGAAAGUAGUCCCCUUCCUGUGAGCAACAUGUCCUACAUUGAAAGUAGUCCCCUUCCUGUCAGCAACAUGUCCUACAUUGAAAGUAGUCCCCUUCCUGUCAGCAACAUGUCCUACAUUGAAAGUAGUCCCCUUCCUGUGAGCAACAUGUCCUACAUUGAAAGUAGUCCCCUUCCUGUCAGCAACAUGUCCUACAUUGAAAGUAGUCCCCUUCCUGUCAGCAACAUGUCCUACAUUGAAAGUAGUCCCCUUCCUGUCAGCAACAUGUCCUACAUUGAAAGUAGUCCCCUUCCUGUGAGCAACAUGUCCUACAUUGAAAGUAGUCCCCUUCCUGUCAGCAACAUGUCCUACAUUGAAAGUAGUCCCCUUCCUGUCAGCAACAUGUCCUACAUUGAAAGUAGUCCCCUUCCUGUCAGCAACAUGUCCUACAUUGAAAGUAGUCCCCUUCCUGUCAGCAACAUGUCCUACAUUGAAAGUAGUCCCCUUCCUGUCAGCAACAUGUCCUACAUUGAAAGCAGCUUUGCAGAGUUCAUCUCAGAGCUUUGUUAAAGAACGAGAUAGAAGUUUGUUGUUAACUGAAUCACACUUUUUAUUGGCUUUUUUCCACUGUCAAUCAGAAUACACUGUUUUUAUUGGAUGUUUCCACUGUCAAUCAGAAUACACCAUUUUUAUUGGCUGUUUCCACUGUCAAUCAGAAUACACUGUUUUUAUUGGCUGUUUCCACUGUCAAUCAAACAUAAUAAAGAGGUGGUUUGACA